AUGCGCACAGAUCCUGUCUAUAUUGUUAUAUUGUCUACAUAUCUCUGGGCCUUCUUCUGCCUUGCUCCAACUCUCUUCCUUCUGCCCGUCAUCCCUACACCAGCAUUUGGGACAUUCAGCAUCGUCAGCAUCAUCAAGCUUCAGCCUCUGUACCAGCAGCAUUCUACCGCGUUAGUGACAGACACAAGCUCGGGUACAAACGACAGUAGCGAGCCUAGGCGCAGACCUGGUUGCUCAACCCCCCUCAAGCUGGAUUCCCGGUACGAGCAGUCCACCACUGCUGAGCUGCCCUACCCUGCCACAAAACUCCUCAUAGGGCAACACUUGUGUGUUCAUCCGUCCCGCCGAUCCUGGGCCUGGUUGGUUGUAGGAGCUUUCUACGACGACAAGGAUAACGAGCUCUGGCAUAUCGAGGUCUUCCUCAGUAACAUCGCUGAGUCGGGCAGAGUCCCCGGCACUGACGCAACUGACCUUGACGCCGGUGGCAACGAGAUUGUGUACGAAGAACUCGACUACAACUUUCAGAUCGACAUCGACUCUCACCCUACCCUCUACCAGACCGGCCCUCCCGAGCCUCUGCCCUUUGACGUCGAGGCUUUCUUUGGCCCCGUUCCUGCAACCCAUUCCCCGCUGACCAACUUCCCUUUCCCUGCGACCAUGUCUGGACAAGGCUGGAACUCGCAGUCCGGCUGGGACGGUCGCCGUGGCGCCGCUGGUGCCGGAGCCUUCUAUGGCAAUGCUUUUCCUACCGGAGGAUACGCGGCUGCCUACCCCGGCGCUGGCUUCAUGCCGGGUCAGGGAGCUUACCCCUAUGCCAUGGGCCAGCAGUCUUACCCGAUCCCCGCAGCGCCCAAUGGACUGAGUCCCGCCUAUGUUGUGCCCAGCAACGGCUAUGCUCCCCCUGUCCCCUUCUGGCAGAAUACCCCCGCCCGACUGCCCCAGCCUCACCCGGUCGUUGACUACACAACGGCCGGCUUCAACAUGGUCAACUCGACUGGUGGCGCGGGCUGCGAGCCCGGUUACGGCUACGUAUUCCACGGCGAGCAUACCAAGGUCCACAUCAUCAAGUCCUCACGGGCACCCUGGCGGAGCUCGGGCAUGUCGUUUCACUUCAUCGCAGCCCACAUCCCCGUCAACACGACCAUCGGCGAGCUCAUGGUGGGCUUCGGCGCAUGCGACUCUGUUCCCAAGAAGAACAAGCUGUGCGAGGUGCUCCGAGGCGGCAACGGCCAGUGGUACCGCGGCAUGAUUUUCGCGGGAGAUGAGCGGGAGGACUUGAAGAAGACGCUGAAGCAGGUGGGUUGGGACGGCUCGCGCAACGGCCAGUGGGGACAGAAGCCUGUGGUUUGGCUGUGGGUGACCAAGGAUUAG